AGUUGCAGGGAAUCGAGCAAGAGAUGCACUUGUUGCACAGGGUCUCAAGGUUGGUCUUGUGGAAGUUCUUCUUGGCCUUCUUGAUUGGCGAGCUGGGGGAAGAAAUGGGCUUUGUUCACAGAUGAACUGGAAUGAGUCAGAAGCAGCAAUUGGCCGGGUUCUUCAAAUUCAGGUUUUGCAUGCAUUUGCAACAGAAGGGGCCUAUUGUACCAAAGUACGUGACAUACUGAGUGCCUCUGAUGCAACGAAGAAAAUUACACCGCCAAACUUGCGAAAGACUUUCAGGCAGAUUGAAAGUCUGCUUAGGGGGAGAGAACGGAUGUUCAUUUUGUUCCCCAAGCCAUCUUCCUUCUAGUUACAUUUGCUACACUUGGUGAGAAGACCACGGUGAUGUGACCGGAAGUGCUUUAGUAUUCGUGUUCCGUGGUGCAGGUGACUAUUCAUAUGCUAUCAUAUCAUUUUUAUCAUUUGUCCCCCAAUGAUUUGUGUUGUUGGGUUCUCAUUUUCUUGGAUUUUUGAUUAAUUGGAGCGUAUUUCUUCAUUGUUUUUGCUGCUCUGAUUUAAUUUAUCUAAUCAUAAUAGCGUUUGUGUUCUACCACCUU